AUGGGGACCUUCGUCCCUCGACAGGUGUACCCGCACCUGUCGUCCAUACCUCGAUCCUAUUACCUAGGACAUCACGCCGCCGGGCUGGCCAAGAUGAAGUCCAUGAUUGCGCAAAUCGACCUCGUCAUCGAAUGCCGCGACUAUCGAACCCCGAUUGUGUCCCGGAACCCCUUGUUCGAGGCGAAUCUCGGGGAACGGCCAAGACUGGUUGUCUACACGAAACAAGACCUGGGCAGUAAUUUCACACUCGAGGACAAAAAGAGAGAAGCCGUCAUCCGGAAAUGGGACGCUCCCGCAAGCUCAUUCUUUACCGACGUCAAGUCUCGGUCGACCAUCACCAAAGUUCUGGACUUUGCGAGAGCUCACGCGAACGAGUCGACGUCUCUCUUCGGAACUCGUCUGAUGGUGGUCGGCAUGCCCAAUGUCGGGAAAUCCUCUCUCCUCAAUGCUCUCCGCAACGUCAGUUUGGGGAAAAGGAAGGCCGCAAGAACUGGAGAUCAGCCCGGUGUAACGCGGAAGAUCGGGACAAGCGUCAAGAUCAUCGAGGGAGAACAUGGCACCGAGGGAGUCUAUGUGCUCGACACCCCUGGCGUGUUUGUCCCUUACGUUCCCGACGCCGAAAGUAUGCUCAAACUGGCCUUGUGCGGCAGCGUCAAGGACACGAUCAUCCCUCCGACCACGAUCGCCGACUACUUGCUGUUCCAUCUGAAUUUGCGCGACUCAACGCUGUACGAGAUGUUUUCCGAACCGACCAAUGAUAUACACGUCGUGCUGGAAAGUCUCGCCAGGAAACAAGGCCGGUUGAAGAAAGGAGGCGAGCCUGAUUUCGAGUCCUCGGCGCUGCAAUUCAUCCAACGCUGGCGAAGUGGCCAAAUGGGUCGAUUUGUGCUGGACGAUGUCACAGACGACGCGCUUUUCCACCGGACCGAGCUGCUCAACAUGUACGGUGGAAGCAUGAAUCAAGCGCGCAAAGCCGCCAAACAAUUGCGGAAAGAGGCAUAUUUUGGUGGAGGAUGA